UCAGAAAUGAAACGAAUUUUUUAAAAAUGACAACUUUGCAACAAAGUGGGAUGUCUGCUGUCUACUGUCUGCCGGUGAUGUGAAGAUGAGUAGCGACUUGCAGCGAGCAUGACAUCACUAGCCAACAUCAUUGCUUCCCAGCAGUCAGAGUGGGUCUCCUUCAACGAUGGACUGCUGCUACCGGCUGCCUCCCAGGGCCAAACUGGAGAACCUCUUGAAAGGUUUCUGUCCUCCUCUGAUACUUCUUCUGAAGGCUUCCAAAACCUGGAUGGAGAAUUUCAGACACUUGCACAUGCUGAGCUGGGAGAUGGAAUGGACAAAACUGCUGCAGACUCUGUGUCCGUAUGCUUGCUUGAAAACCACCCGUCUCCAAAGCCUGAUCUGUCUUCAUCAUUCAGCACGUGGGUCCAGUUUGAAGAUGCACCCUGGCCUAGCACUUCACCAGAGAAUGCACAUACAGGCUUCUCUCCAAAAACAUUCUGCUGGACGUGUCCCUCUUCGGGAUCUUCUGAGAGAAGGCCUCUCACGUCAGACAACAGUUGGACAACUACUUCUGAGAACACCAGCAGCCCCAGUUUCACACCUUCCUAUACUGACCUGCACUCCAUAAACACUGAAGACCUGACCAGUGGCAGGGCAUCUGCAGCAGACUCAACCGACAAUUCCUCAUCCCUUCUCGAAGAUGAAGAGCUAGGCAUGGAGACCACCAGCUGGCAGCUGAAUAGCACAUCUGUAAAUGGCCAUAGUGAAACCCCAACAACAGCUCGUUUCCCCAGCUGGGUGACUUUUGAUGACAAUGAAGUCAGCUGCAAUUCUCCAUCAACUUUAUCCCCACCAUUAGUAGCAACUGCAGCAGCAGCAGUCACAACAACACAGAUCACAGAUGUGAACUCUCUUACCCUCUCCUCAUCCUUUAAGAAAAGGGAUCGCCCCAGAAGUGCAUUGGCUGACCUCCCUAAAAUUCAGAAACUAGAUCUUUCCUCAAUAACCAGCUUGCCUUCGUUUAGUGGGACACCCCCUUGGAGUGCUACUAACCCUUUCCUUGACGAAUCCCUGAGGGAUGUUCAGCCUUCUCCUAUCAACCCGUUCAGCUCUUUCUUUGAAGAACGGGACAGGCAUUCUCAAACCUCUCCCAUUUCUGGUAGAAACCAGAGAGACUCCCUCAUUAUCCUCCAUCAAGAGCCUGACUGCAUCAGCUUUAAUGAGCCCAGUAAACACCUCAGGCACAGAGAUGCUGUCGAGCAGCUCAAGCAACUCCAGAUCGGGGAUCCAGAUCAGCUGAGCAGUCCUACUUUGCCUGAUGACGACCCCACAGUCCCAACUGAGCUAUACAGCACUGUGUCCUUUCUGGGGCCACCUCCGCGAAAAGAUGGCUGGCCAAUGAUGCUGAGGAUACCGGAAAAGAAGAACAUCAUGUCAUCUCGACACUGGGGGCCGAUUUACGUCAAGCUGACCGAGAGCAGGUACUUGCAGCUCUUCUACGAGAAGGGAUUGGAAAAGCCUUUCAAGGAAUUCAAGCUUGACAUCAGCCAUGAGAUUUCAGAACCCAAACUCCAGAAUUAUGAUGAGAAUGGGAGGAUACACAGUGUGAGGAUAGAUCGCAUCACCUACAAGGAAAAGAGGAAGUACCAGCCAAAGCCUGCUGUCUCUCACAUAGCGGAGAGGGAGCAGGUUAUCAAGCUGGGUACCACCAGCUAUGAAGACUUCCUCAGCUUCAUCAGGGCAGUCCAGGAUACACUAAUGGAUUUGCCUGCCUCGUCAACAGACCUGAGCACAGUGGGGUUAAACUACCAAGAGGAGGAAAUCACUGUGGAUGUAAAGGACGAGUUCUAUGGCACCUUGGCCAAAAGAGACAAUAGGAUUUUGCAGCACAAUGUGUUGACCCGAGUGCACGUUCUCACUUUCCUUUCUGGCCUGGCAGAAUGCAGGCUGGGUCUCAACGAUGUCCUUGUCAAAGGGAACGAAAUAGUCUCGCGGCAGGACAUCAUGCCCACUACCACCACCAAGUGGAUUAAACUGUACGAUUGCCAGUUCCACUCCUGUGUGGAGGAGGAGGCGUUCGCCAGUGCCCGCGUCAUUCAGUUUAACCCCUUGGACGCCUGCAGGUUUGAACUGAUGCGCUUCAGAAGCGUGUUUUCUGAGAAAACGUUGCCUUUCACCUUGAGGGUUGCAGCUAGCAUCAACGGCGCCGAGGUGGAGCUCCAGAGCUGGCUGAUGAUGUCUCCGGGGUUCUCCUCCAACAGAGACCCUCUUACUCAGGUCCCCUGUGAAAAUGUGAUGGUCCGCUACCCAGUGCCACAGGAGUGGGUGAAAAACUUCCGCAGGGAUAGUGUCCUCGGGGAAAAGUCUUUGAAAGCAAAGGUGAACAAAAGUGCCAGCUUUGGAUCCACCAGCGUGUCCGGUUCUGAGCCAGUAAUGAGAGUAACACUAGGAACUGCCAAAUAUGAGCAUGCCUUUAAUUCCAUCGUGUGGAGGAUAAAUCGUCUGCCCGACAAAAACUCUGCUUCUGGUCACCCACACUGCUUCUUCUGCCACCUGGAGCUUGGCUCAGACCGGGAAGUGCCUUCUAACUUUGUCCGCUAUGUGGAUGUGGAGUUUGACAUGCCAACCACUUCAGCAUCCAAAGCCACCAUCCGGUCCAUCUCUGUGGAAGGCAAGACAGAUGUCAGGAAGUGGGUCAACUAUUCAGCACAUUACAGUUACAAGGUGGAGAUAGAGCAGAAGAAGAACUUGAAUCCAGAUGUGAUGGAAGAACACACUGAUAACCCCAAGGAUUGUGCUGUACAGUGAAAGGAAAGGUCUAUCUGCAGUUGGAACAGAAGAAUCAACGGGCCUUGAAGAAGACAGAACAGCAUGUCGCUCCUGCUGUAGGAAAAGCCAGAAAGAAUCUCAAGCGCCAUAGGGUUCCCUUGUCCUCUAUGUCUGUACUUAGAGAGGAACCUAUUUUGGGAUUUGUUUACAGCAGACUGGUGGCUUUGGUAGAAGCACACUAAGCAUAUAGUAUAUAGGCUUACAACUCAUUCAAGUCUGCCUUCAUCCCCGACACUAAUCUUUUUACAGUGAUAUAAUGGUAUUUUUUUCAUCUCAAAGAAAAGGUGUAACUCUAGUCUUAUUGACAGUCUUUCCCCCCCUACUGUGUGCUUGACAUUACCUGAACUCUUGCAAUUCAGUCCUCAGAAGAGCUCUUCUAGGUACUCUGCAGAAGCACUGAGGGGGAGGAAGGAAUGAGAGAUGCACCACAGCAUCCCUUGGGUUUUCUGUCAUGUCCAUGACACUUAGUGAAACAUUUUGACAGCUUUUCUUCUCCACCAGUGUAGACGGAACCACUGGGAAUUCCACUGGGUGAAGGACAAGUGGAUUGACCUUCCCUUCUUAUAAUCUCCAAGGCAGAACAUUUAAAAAUUGCACAUUUCCUUGGAUUUUGGUGGCCAGAAAGCUUCCUUUACUCACUUAGACUGACAGCGGGGCCAGGAUUAUUCUUUAGACUUGACAUAGUUAUAGCUGCCAGUAGAGGGGACUAGGA